AUGGCGUCGAAAGGUAUCACUUCCGCGCAGUCUGACUUUGUCUCGGACUAUGCUCCCACACGCUCAGGCGAGGAGGGUGCACACAUCCGCGACCUCCCGUCUGCAUCUCAACGCUCUCCCAAGUGGAACGUCAACUCGAGGGCGUACCUCUGCGCUGCCAUAGGCUUCUUGGGUAUCUUCCUGUUCGGGUACGAUGCUGGUCUUGGUGGAGGUGUCCUGGUCCUCCCUUCCUUCGCAUCUGAUUUCGGCAUUGAGGGGACGGCGGAGCACGUUGCGGAUCUUCAAGGAAAUGUCGUCUCCAUCUUCCAGGGCGGAGCGUUCUUUGGUGCUCUUGGAUCCUCUCCGAUCAUGGACAAGAUGGGUCGUAAAUGGUCACUCAUGGUCGGAUGCGUCGUCUUCAUGAUCGGCGGUAUCGUUCAGACUGUCUGCUUUGGUAACCUCAACCAGUUCUACAUCGGCCGUCUCGUUGCUGGUCUCGGUGUCGGUCUCAUGAGUUCCGUCUGCCCCACCUAUUCGUCCGAGAUCGCGCCCAAGGAGAUUCGAGGCCGCGUCACUGGCCAGUUCCAGGUCAUCGUCGUCACCGGUGUCGCCAUCUCUUUCUGGAUCAACUACGCCGUCAGUCUGUACCCCGCCUCGGCUGGGUCCCUCCAGUGGCGCGUCCCCAUUGGGUUCCAGCUCGUGCCCGUCGGUCUCAUGAUGAUCCUCUUGCCCAUCAUGAAGGAGUCUCCCCGUUGGCUCGCUACCAAGGACCGUGAGGACCUGGCGCUCAAGAACCUUGCCUGGCUCCGCAAGGCCGACGAGCACGACGAAUACGUCCUCGCCGAGUUCGCCGAGAUCACCGCAGCCAUCGCCGAGGAACGUGCCGCUACCAAGGGAGCGAGCUGGCGCGAGUGCUUCUCCAAGGGCAACCCUAUCCGCUUUGGUAUCGCCUUCGUCAUCUUCACUCUCCAGCAAUGGUCCGGCCAGAACUCCAUCUCCUACUACGCCCCCACUAUCUUCAAGGCUAUUGGAAUCACUGGCUCUUCGACCUCCCUCCUCGCCUCCGGUAUCUACGGUAUCGUCAAGAUCAUCUCGACCGGUAUCUUCAUUGCUUUCGGUAUUGAGCGCUUCGGCCGGAAGAAGCCCCUCGCGAUCGGUGUGGCGAUGAUGUCGGGCUUCCUCUUCAUCAUUGGAGCCGUCUUCAACACCCACCCGCCUGUCGUCGGGUCAGGCACCGUCUCCAGCGCCAGUAUCGCAAUGGCCGUCAUGAUCUACCUCUUCGUCAUCCCGUACUGCUUCUCCGUCGGUCCUCUCCCGUGGGUCAUCUGCGCCGAGAUCUUCAACAACCGGACUCGGUCAUACGGUCUCGCUCUUACCGCUUCCACUCAGUGGUUCUGGAACUUUGUCGUCAGCAAGUGCACACCUCUCAUGGUCAUCGGUAUGCCCAAGGGCGGUAUCUUCUUCUUCUUCGCCGUCAUCAACAUCGUCAGCUUCGGUCUCACCCUGCUCCUGCCCGAGACCCAGGGUAAAUCAUUGGAGGAUAUGGAUCUUCUCUUUGGUUCGGUCACCCAGGAAGAGCGUGAUGCAGGUGUCGCGAGGCGGGCGGCCGAGCUGCACGCUACGGAGAAGAUGGCGGAUGAGCACGAGCACGUCGAGGACCGGAAGUAG